AUGUUUAUUUGUGAUCAUAAUAACAAGCGAGUUCAACGAUGGUUUAAAAAUGACACUCACGGACAAACAAUUAUUGCGAACAUCUCAUGUUGGGGACUGGCAAUGGGCAAUGAAGGAUCGUUGUAUGUCUCCGACAAUGAACAUCGUGUAACGAAAUGGCCCAGUGGUCAAACAGUCACUGGUGGUCAUGGACAAGGGCCAGCGCUGAAUCAACUCGGACAACCUAUCCAUUUAUUCGUCGAUGAGAAUCAGUCAGUUUUCGUCGCCGAUGCACUUCAUAAUCGUGUGAUGCAAUGGCCACUCGGUGCCAAAGAAGGCAUUCUUGUAGCUGGUGCAAAUGAGGUGGAGAGUAGUGUCGAUUAUUUGAGUAGUAGGUAA